CCUAAAGAUGACUUAAAAGUUUGGGAAAUUACUGUUUUCUAUUUUUUUGCAGAAACAAAAGUAUACGUUGGCAACUUAGGAACAGGUGCUGGUAAAGGAGAACUUGAAAGGGCUUUUAGCUACUAUGGACCCUUACGUACCGUGUGGAUUGCACGAAACCCUCCCGGAUUUGCAUUUGUUGAAUUUGAAGACCCAAGGGAUGCUGAAGAUGCUGUUCGUGGUCUAGAUGGAAAGGUGAUCUGUGGUUCCAGGGUUAGAGUGGAGUUAUCAACUGGUAUGCCUCGUAGGUCUCGCUAUGAUAGACCUCCAGCACGACGACCAUUUGAUCCUAAUGAUAGAUGUUAUGAAUGUGGCGAGAAAGGUCAUUAUGCUUAUGAUUGUCAUCGCUAUAGUCGUCGUCGGAGAAGCAGGUCACGAUCUCGGUCUCAUUCAAGGUCCAGAGGAAGAAGAUACUCUCGCUCACGCAGCCGAAGUCGUGGCAGGAGAUCCAGAUCUAUCUCAGCUCGCAGAUCUAGAUCUCUGUCUCCUCGUAGAUCCAGAUCUAUAUCGCCACGUAGAUCCCGUUCAGGUUCUUUAAAGAGAUCAAGGUCUCGAUCAAGAUCCAGGUCCAGGUCCAGGUCCAUUUCACGGCCCAGAAGCAGGUAAAUUUCCGUUUGUGGACAUUCAAAGCAAUUAAAUGCGAAAUUUGUUCUGGGUAGCUAACCCUGAACCACUGCUAGACAGUUUAGCUUAAUUGAAAAUAACAGAUUCUUCAUUUAUCUUGCUGUAUUUGAAAAAAAAAAUUGCCUGUCUUUGUAUAUGUGCACAUGCACACAAUUUAUAAUAUGAAGACAACUGUAUUAUGAACUUUGUAUUUGUGGAGUGUCAUUUUUGUUCCAAAUGUUUGAUAUAGAAACCAUUGCAAAAUAUUUA